AUGUCAGAAUAUAGUGAUAUUGCUGGAAGCGAUGAUAUUAUCUCGCUUAAUUAUGAAAGCCAAGAAACAUUGAAUGAACAUUCAUAUCGAAAUAAACAAUUAGCAAAUCGUACUGAUAAAAAUAUGCCUACGAAAGAUCAAGCAAAAGAAAAUCAAAAACCAAUUGAACAGGUCAACAAUCAAGAAAUUGAUGCUAUGCAAACAGACGCUCAAAACUGCUCAAUUUCAACAGUUAAUAAUGGAGUAUCAACUGAACAACCAACAUCUUCGAUUGAUACUCAAAAUAAUUUAACAUCGGAUAAUCCAUUUAUUAUUCAACCACCGAUGGCUCAUUCAACAUUAACUGAUGAAAGUGGUAUUUCAACUGAAAAAGAUGUAUCAUUAGAAAAAUCACAGACAGACGAACAGAAAACUACUGUAAUCGAUUCGGCAUCAAAAACAAAAUCAGAUUCAAACGUAUCUGGACUUGAUGCAUCAACUACAACAAAUAAUUUACGACUUUAUAUUUCACCAAUAACUAGUCUUGAAACAACGAAUGAUGAUGCACAAUUGAAUCCUACAAAUAUAUCAACGACAGAAAUCGAAGAAAAAAAUCAACUAACAGAACUCAACAAUAAACCAAAAGAUGAACCAAUGGAUACAAGUGAUGCACAAGCGUCAUUAGGUAGUGAUGGUAUUAUUGAUUCACAACCUACUUCUGCACUUAUUAUUGAAUCUACUUCAGUUACUGAAAAGACUACUAAGGUUCAAUCACCUAAUCAAAGUAAAACGAUGAUAUCACCUGCUUCAAAAUCUUUGUAUGCAUUGAGUCAACCGGCAACAAAUAAAUUUGAAAGUAUUCUUGCUAAAUUAAAUGCUUCACCAGCACGACAAACAACUUCAGCAUAUGGAAAUGAAAAUGAAUCAAAUAUAACAACGCGAGAAGAAGAAGAAUUAUUUAUUAAAGAAUCUAUAUCAAAAGUAGUACGUCGUUAUGCUGUUAAAAUUGAUCAAAAUGGACGAACUAUAUCACGUGAACUUCUUAAUGAACGUACUAUGGAAGAAAAUACAACUACUCGUAUAGAAUUAUGGCCACCGCAGGAAAAAAAGCAUCGUCGUUCAACUACGAAAACUUCUCGACCUACAGAAACUUCUCGAAAAAAAUCAACAAAAUCAAAUGUACCAAAACGAAAGACAAAAAGUUUGAAACCAACUUCAAAUGUUGUUUCUUCUAAACCAUCAAAAUCUGCUCAAAGUGAUGAUGAUGAAGUAUCAAAAACUAAUACAAAUGAAGAUUCUACUGAUGAAGAUAAUAAUGAUGACGAUGAUGAUGAUGAUGAUGACGUACCAACAGAUGAUAUUAGUGGUGAUGAAUUUAUACCAACAUCAAAAAAUUCUACGGGACAAUCAUUAACAAAAGGUUCACGAGUUUUUGCUAAAUGGCUUGAUGGUCAUUUUUAUCCUGGUGUGAUUGGAAAUAGUAAUGGUGAAAAAUAUUUGAUUGAUUUUGAUGAUGGUGCUAAACGUUAUGUUAAAUCAAAUGAAAUCAUAUCUAAAAGUUAUUUAGAAGCUGAUCAAAAUGUUUUAGCACAAACACAAGAUGGAUAUUUUGAUAGUGGCAUUGUUAAACGUUUAAUUAAAAAGAAAAAAACUGGAAAAUUAGGUUAUGUUGUUGAAAAAGAUGGAAAAGAAAAAUGGUAUCCAUUACGUUUUGUUUCAUUAACUCACGAACAAGCUGAACAUUUACCAAUAGUUAAUAACAAUAUAGAAGCAUCAACAAAUAUUGUUCAAGGAAAACGUAAACGAACACUAACAGUACCUCAAUCGCCAAAUAAAAAAACAAAAAGUUCAAUUUUUGCAUCACCAAAUAAAAAUCAACGAUCAACAUAUACACCAACACGUCAAACAAAAUUGUUUAAUACUAUGUAUUUUCUUCUUACGGGUUUCAAUGAUUCAAUAGAAAUUCGACAUAAAAUUCAAGAUUCAAUUGAAAGUCAUGGUGGAAAAGUGAUUGAAAAAAUGCCAACUGUUAAUCGACGCGAUAAUGUUUAUUUAAUAUCUGAUAUGGCACGUAAAACAGCGAAAUUUUUCGAUGCAAAAAAAUUAAAUAUUCCUUGUGUAAAUUAUGAAUGGAUUAAUGAAUCUAUUGAAAAAAAUGAAAUUCAAGAUUGGGAAACACAUAAAUUGGUUAUACCUGAAAAAGAAACUAAAACAAAUAAUGAUAACGUCGAUGACGAGCAAGAAGAUUAA